AUGACUGUAUCUCAGUUUGAAGAAUUGGUGGAAUUAGUACGAGAACCUCUAACAAAAUGCAGCAUUCGUGAAUCAUUGUCAGCUGAACAUCGAUCGACAGUAAGCAAAAUUGUUCAAGAAACAUGUCAAGUAAUUUGGGAGAAAUUAUCAUCAAAAUAUUUUCCAUAUCCCGGUACAGAAGAAUUCCUACAGUACGCUCAAAAUUUCAAAGAGAUCUGGAACUUGCCAAAUUGUAUUGGAGCAGUUGAUGGCAAACACGUUACCGUUCAAUCUCCGUAUAACAGUGGAAGUAACUUUUUCAACUACAAAAAGACAUUUAGCGUCGUGCUAUUAGCAGUAUGCGAUGCUAAUUAUGUAUUCACACUGGUCGAUGUCGGAGCUUCUGGCUCUCAAAGCGACGGAGGAAUCUUUAAGGCAUCGGCAUUUGGACAAGCUCUCGAGAAUAAUGAACUUUGCAUACCAGAUGAUUGCAACUUACCGGAUAGUAAUAUUGGAUUUCCAUAUUAUUUCGUAGGCGAUGAAGCUUUUCCCUUGAAAAGAUACAUGAUGCGUCCAUAUCCUGGAACUGGCUUGAGUUUAACACAAAAAAUAUUCAAUUACCGUCUUUCUCGAGCAAGGCGUGUGAUCGAAAAUGCUUUUGGCAUUCUCGUCAAUCGUUGGCGAAUUUUCAGAUCGACAAUCAUAGCAGAUGUCAAUACUGUAGAAUUUAUCAUAUGUGCCACAUUGUGUCUUCACAAUUUCCUUCGAAUAUCGGAACUCUCAAUUCACUCACAAAAUCGUAUGUACUGUCAUGUGAACUAUGGUGUGGAUGAAAGGAAUAUGCAAGUAAACGAAGCAUCUGAAAGUCGAAGACAAAAAGAUAAAAAGAACGUUGGUGCUUUCCAGAGAAUAGGAAGAUUGGGAGCAAAUAACUCAUCAACUGAAAAUCUCAAGUUACGUGACAAUCUUGCAAAUUACCUUGUUUCUGUAGCAGGCGCAGUCUCAUGGUAA